AAAUCCCGUGCCCGUUAUCUGCAAAAGUAACAAACUGCACAAGAUUGACGUGAUUGGGACGGGAGUGCAACGACAUUCAAGAAUUACCUGCAAGUUCUGCAAUGGAUUGUUCGUGGGAUCUACUCCAAUCCCUUUGCAACUGUUUUAAGCACAAUUUUAAACAGCAUGUCUUCAUAUAUAAUUCAAGGCAACUGGCGUUGAAAGGAUAGAAAGUGUAUUUUAUGAAAUAUGUUCCUCCCCCUAGUCUGAGAUCAAUGUUCCUUCUGCAGUUGGACUACAAUUCCCAGAAUGCCUUCUCCUCCAGCAGGAAGAACGCGAUGACACGCUGAGAAGUUUGGAGCUGGUGAACUGAGCUCCGGCCGAUCAUGUAGCUGCAGCUCCGUAAUUACCGAAACGGCUUUUUGCAAUUGCAAACCUUCUGCUGUUUGCAGCUUGCUUCCGAGUUGUGCAACCGGCCAUUCCCUCUGCACAGCUCGCAGCUGCAAGAAAUCGGUCAGGAUUCCCAGGUGGAUGAAAAUUGGGAGGCAGCAAAUUUUUUGCAUCUUUGUUGCAAAGCUGAAAAGGCAAAGUCUUUUGUGAUCCCCUCCCCCUCCCAUUCCCAGCAGGGGGAAAAAAGAAAAAAAAUGUCGCUGUCAAAAGGAGGUAAGAAGAAGAACCGAGGGCUGAAGUUGUCAAAGGAGGUUUUCGAGCAGCCGCAGGCAAGUCCCACCCCUCCCAGGGACCUGGACUCAAAGGCCUGCAUUGCCAUAGGUGAAAAGAACUUUGAGGUGAAAGCUGACGAUCUGGAACCACUCUCGGAGCUGGGCCGCGGCGCGUACGGCGUAGUGGAGAAGAUGCGGCAUACACCCAGUGACACGCUGAUGGCUGUCAAGAGGAUCCGUGCCACGGUGAAUAGCCAAGAGCAAAAGCGGUUACUGAUGGACCUUGACAUCUCCAUGCGCACUGUGGACUGCCCCUUCACUGUCACCUUCUAUGGAGCACUUUUUCGCGAGGGUGAUGUGUGGAUUUGCAUGGAGUUAAUGGACACCUCCUUGGACAAGUUCUACAAAGAAGUCAUAGACAGGGGCAUGACCAUUCCUGAAGACAUCUUAGGAAAGAUAGCAGUUUCUAUUGUGAAGGCCUUGGAACAUCUACACAGUAAGCUGUCUGUGAUACACAGAGAUGUGAAACCGUCCAAUGUCCUCAUUAACGUCCAAGGCCAGGUUAAGAUGUGUGACUUUGGCAUCAGUGGCUACUUGGUGGACUCGGUGGCUAAAACCAUGGACGCAGGCUGCAAACCUUACAUGGCUCCAGAGAGAAUCAACCCCGAGGUAAACCAGAAGGGUUAUAGUGUCAAGUCUGACAUCUGGAGUCUCGGAAUCACCAUGAUUGAGAUGGCGAUCUUAAGGUUCCCGUACGAUUCGUGGGGUACUCCUUUCCAGCAGCUCAAACAGGUGGUGGAAGAGCCAUCUCCACAGCUUCCUGCUGACAGAUUUUCCAAAGAAUUUGUCGACUUCAGUGCCCAGUGCAUGGUAACAGGCCCUUCCGGCCCAACGAGUCUGCGCCGCCCAUUUUUUAAACUCAAUUAACCUACCCAUACAUCUUCGGAAUGUGGGAGGAAACCGGAGCACCCGGAGGAAACCCACGCAGACACGGGAGAACGUACAAACUCCUUACAGACAGCGACGGGAAUCGAACCCCGAUCGCUGGCGCUAUAAUAGCAUCACGCUAACUGCUACGCUACCGUGCGGCUUGAAGAACACAUGGAUUAGUUCAGGUUGAUUGAAGGAGCUGGUUGGGCUCCUUCUGUGCUGUAAAUUUCUUGGUUUCAUUGAAUAUUCUGUGAAAUAAAUAGUCUGACAUGCGA